CAAAAUAUUCCAUGGCCUACUCUUUGUUGUCUAGUAAGAUCUCUCAUAAUACUACUACAUCUUAUUUCCCAUGCUCCAUUUUGUUCUCUUCUUCUUCAUCUCACCUAUACACACACACACUUUCUCUCUCCACCGUACGUGCCGCCGCCUCCCCCUCCGUCUCUAAUCAUGGAUGCAACGUUGGUGUGGCCACACAAGAGCCUCUCUCCGCCGCCGCGACUCAACCGGAGAGUUACCAUGCAAAAUCUCAGACGCUCCCCCUUCAUUCUGUUGUCAGUACUCACAGACGGCAACUUUGAUACAUCAUCAUCAUCAUCAUCAACUCAUGAAUCCAAAAGCGUUUACAACGACAACUGGUUUGAUCGUCUCGCCAUUAACCAUCUCUCCAACAGCCUACAAGCUUCGGCAGGGUUGAGAAGCAAGAAGAGCGGGUACGAUGGUCUGAUCGAAGCAGCAACAAUGGCGUCUCGGCGCUUCAGUCCUGUUGAACAAAGAGAGAUUGUGAUUCGAACUCUUGAGACUGCAUUUCCGAAGCCUAUUCUUUCCUUGAUAAGGAGAGUAGUACCAAGAUCCAAAUUUGCAAGAGAAUACUUUGCCGUCUUCACAACUGUUUUCUUUGCUUGGCUUGUUGGUCCCUGCCAGGUGAAAGAGUCAGAGAUUGAUGGAAGAAUAGAGAAAAAUGUUGUGCAUAUACCAAAAUGCAGGUUUUUGGAGGGGACAAAUUGUGUAGGAAUGUGCACUAACCUUUGCAAGAUGCCGUCUCAAGCCUUCAUUAAGGAUUCCCUCGGAGUGCCCAUCAACAUGGUCCCCAAUUUUGAGGAUAUGAGCUGUGAAAUGAUAUUUGGUGAAGAGCCUCCAGACCAAUCCCUGGAUCCAGCAUUCACACACCCCUGCUACAAACAAUGCAAGGGCAAGAGCAUCCAAAGACAACACAAGACCUGCACAAACUAAAACAUCUAUAUAUCUCCUCUGAUCACUCCAAUCCGUUUUCUUGUCUUGUUUAUGGACAAUUCAUCGUAACUUUGAUUUGCUUGUUGUUCAAACUAUAUAUAUAUAUUGUCCUAGCUAAGAUGUGAUGCGUUCUUCAUCUAUAUAAGCAGA